GCACGCACACACACGCACACCGCACUGAGAGGAGAACAGAUGAGUGUCUCCUGAGUGUCUCCUGCAGAAGACUGAACACACACACACACACACACACACACACACACACGGACACACACAUUUGCACCCAUAUGUUGAUCUACCGCUUAUAAUGCUCUUGUUUUUUUAUUUUUACCCGGAGAGGAAAUAAUCCCAUCUCUGAUCAGCAGAAAUGUUCAGUGAAUGUGAUGGAGCUGUUCAUCCGCGCGGGGAUGAUCCGAGUCGCAGGCUCAUGGCCUGUUGAACACCAUUAGCCCUCGUCACAUCGGUCCAGGCAAGGUCAUCGUUUCCAUCAUUCUCCGAACCCCCCCCCGUCCCCGUCCCCGUCCCCCAUCACCUCCUUAAACCUUGAGCGUAAGGCAGUCACAUACUUCCUUGUGGAAAGGUGUACUAUGGAAAGCCUGAGCGAGCUGCAGAACCCUCUGCUGGACAAGAACAGCAAGCACGUGGUCAAGGCUGACUACGGCUACAGGAGUGACUUCCCCAGCAGCCAGUACCAGGAGAACAUCAUCAACUACUUCGUGACCAGCAGCGGAGGCAGAGGUGGAAGAGGAGGAGGAGGAGUUGGAGGAGGUGGUGGUGGUGGAGGAGUUGGAGGUCAGGUUGGGGUCACGGCCACGAACGGUAAGGCUAAAGCUCAGCUCCUGGACGCCACUUCCCUUCACCUGGCAGUGGAGGCUUUUUACAAGCCCAACUUCAUCCUCUACAAGGACGACGUUACUGUCAAGGCCAAGGACUACAAAAGCGAGUGCUGUGAGACCACCUUCACUGAAAAAAAGGAGAAGGAGGUGUGCGCGGAGACGCCCGGUGCUGAAGAUCCACAGGCUAAACUCCUGGAUGAAAAUGAGGUGAAGAUCCAGACGGUGUCCUAUGAAGUGGAGGAGGAGGAAUACAUCGAGUAUGAGACGGACUGCUCCAGCGACAGCGAGAGUGAAGAUAACUUCAUCGUCAUUCCUCCUCGUGAUCACCUGGGCCUGGCCAUCUUCUCCAUGCUCUGCUGUUUCUGGCCUCUGGGCAUCGCAGCCUUCUACUUCUCUCAGGGGACCAGCAAAGCCGUGACAAAGGGUGACUUCCCAAUGGCCAGCAUCGCGUCCAGACGAGCUCUGUUCCUGGCCGCUCUCUCCAUCACCAUCGGCACCGGGGUGUACGUGGGGGUUGUGGUGGCUCUCAUCGCCUACCUCUCCAAACCGGGGCAUAUAUAGCAGGCUUGAUAAGGGACUGGAAACCGCAGUAGCACCUCUGACAUUUCGGCAGACCUCCCUCUCACAAACACGUCCCCUUCUCAUUUCCUUCUGUUCCGAGAGAGAGAGAGAGAGAGAGAGAGAGAGAUCAAUUCAAAAAGAGGACAUUUGGGAAAUCUUGGGAACUCUUGAUUAAAGGUGGCCGGGAGGGAACUUGCGCGGACAUGGUCUCGGUUCGUGCUGCGCUCACCGCUGCUGUUUUUUUGUGUUUUUUUUUGCGGACAACAUCACAAAGGACACAACAAAGGAACACGAGAACCUCUCUCUGAAGCAGAGCUCAUGUUUUCAACAUGAACAGAUACUUUUAUUCUUGGUUAAAUGCAUCGCCGGUGUCCAGGGUUUGACGACAUCCCUGCUCGAUACCCCAAACUCUUUACCGUUGUUGUUGUUGUUGUUGUUGUUGUGUGUGUGUACGUGUGCGCGUGUGUGUGCGUGUGUGCUAACAUACUAACGUGGCAUCUGAACAAAACUAACUGACUGAGGUUUAAGAAAAUCAAAUCCUCUUAUUGUAUGGUCACUUAGCAAACAGCUAACGGCAUGAAUACUGAAUACUGACACUUCAAACGUGUUUCUUUAUUUUAAAAAAUAAUAAUAAUUUAAA